GUGUGGCACCAUGCCAUGCCAUGCUAGGCCAGGCCAGCCAAUGAGGGUCCCGUCUCUCAGUAAUACCCAGGCUUUUAGCCAUAAUAUAUCCAUGUGUGAGAACAACAGGUGGAUAUUUUCAUCUCAUUCACUUCUGUACAACGUUUCUGAGUUUUGACAAACAUAGAGGGACGGGAGGUUUAGGGCUGCUUUAUUGGCUGUGCACUCCUUGUUCGUGUUAAUCAUUUAUGUUUACAACUACAAGGCGAUAAUCACUAGGAGGAACGAGAGCCAAAGGUCUCAUAGACGUCAGUGAAGGAGAAGCUCCUCUGGGAACGCCAUCCGACAUGGAGGGCAUUACAGGAAGUGUAUUACUGAUGUGCUUCAUCGGCUUAAUAGAUGCAAAUACCAGUCCUUCAGUUGAACCUGGAGUCUUUUCAAUAUGUGAAGACAUCCCCAAAGAUCAUCCCGCGUUCACUAUAUUAGCCACAGACCUGGAAGGUGACACACUGACUUAUGAAAUCAAUGGGCCCAAUGCUGCCUACUUCACAGUUAACAGAACCACUGGGGUUGUAUCCAUAGAAAGGAACCUAGAUAGAGAGGCUUCUAAUUAUAUGACGCUUGGAGUUUAUGUCUAUGAUGGUCAAACUGGAACACAGAAAGAUGUAACUCUAAUAAUAGAGGAGGCCAACGACAACAAACCAAUAUUCCAGGAGCCUUCAUAUGACAUUGAUGUCAACGAAAAUACCGCCAUAGGUGCAUCUUUGUUCAAGGCGGAGGCCACUGAUGCAGACACCUCAAGCGCUGGGGUUAUUACUUACAGCAUUGAUGAAGUUACUCCAAGUGCUGGAUCCAGUCUUUUCAGCAUUGUAGCCACAACUGGCGAAGUCAGAUUACAGGGAAGUCUGAAUUACACUGCACUGAGUACUUUCUAUCGGUUGAAGAUUAACGCAACUGAUGGUGGAGGUGCCUGUCAUUAUAGGCCAAUUAAAAACUACUUCUCAAGCGUUGUUUUUUCCUUCGUCACGGUUGUGGACGUCCCAGACCUGGACCCACAGUUCAUUGGUCUGCCCUACGUGGGGAAAGUGGAAGAAAACGCUGUCUUGGACACUUAUGUGUUUAGAGUAACGGCCAUGGACCAGGACACAGGAGUAAAUGAUAAUUUACUCUUCAGCAUUGAAGGUUCCACAGCAGCAGUGGGCCUGUUCAAAAUCUCACAAAUUGAUGGCAACAUAUCUGUGUUGUCGGAUAUUGACAGAGAAGAGAUUGGUGACACUGUUACCCUGACUGUAAAGGCUACUGAGUCUAAAGAAAACAUCCACGGAGUCCGAGCCAGCACCACAACAGAUGUACAGAUCAACAUAAUCGACAAAAAUGAUAACCCGCCAAAGUUUUACAAGUGUGGAGACACAGCAGACGAGCGCUCUUGCGUCAUUGCGAGUGACUUUACAGGAGAUGUGGUUGAGCACUCGUUGGGCGCUGUUUUCAUCAACAUGACAGUAAAAGAUCUGGAUAAGAUAAAAAAAAUGAAACUAACCCUGGAGGGAUUCAACAGUGACGUGUUUUCAGUGGAGCCUCAGUCUACCGCAUCGGACAGCAUCGUUCAGCUUCUGGUCAAGCAGCCCCAAAACCUGGAUUAUGAAAAAAUACUGACAAUUGUUCUAACUGUCAUUGCCAUUGAUGAAGAAGACACCUCCUUCCGUUCCACGGCUACAGUUACUAUUAACAUCAAGGACGCCAAUGACAACAGCCCCAUGUUCGCAAAGGACACGUACAAGUUGGAGGUGGUUGAGCACUCUCCUGCUGGGACAGUGUUGGACACCAUUACUGCAGAUGAUCCUGACACAAUGGAUGAAGGCAACAUCACCUACAAACUUCUUCCAGAAAGCAUACUGCUGUAUUUUGACGUGGAUCCACAUACGGCCGCAGUUUCCGUGAAAAACGCGACUCUGUUGGAUCGCGAGGUCAGAUCUCUGUAUUCAGCCACUCUGCAGGCCAGAGACACAGACGGCAAGCCCGGCAGCACAGUGCUGGAAAUCACUCUGACUGACAUCAACGACCACCCCCCAGUCAUGAACAGAGACUCCUACCAGGAGUUUGUUAAAGAGGGGCAAAAGUUUGAACUUAAGAUACAGGCAACUGAUGCAGAUGAAUCUGAUACAAAAAACAGCCAAUUAGUGUUUGGAAUCGAACCCAGCAGGUACAGUGAUAACUUCACCAUCGACCCUGAAACCGGUGUGCUGACUAACAGGGGUAAGCUCGACCGAGAGGCCCUGGAUCCGGACCUGGACGGGAGGAUCGAGCUCAACGUAACCGCAACUGACAAGGGUAUCCCCCCAUUGUCCACCAUGGUUCCAGUCAUCAUCAAUGUGGAGGAUGUCAAUGACAACGGACCAAAGUUUAAAGCCCCCUCUUACAAAUUCUCAGUCAAAGAAGGAGAAAAAGGUGCCUUUGUGGGCUCUGUUCAGGCUGAGGACUUGGAUCAAACCACAGAGUUCAACCGCAUCUCUUACAGCAUCAUUAAUGGAGGUUUCGGCAGCUUCAUCAUUCGCACCUUUGCAGAUGAGCGGGGAUACAGGGGAAACAUCACCGUAGACUUCGACGUUGAGCUUGACUAUGAGAGCACUCACAAGCAGUACGAACUGAAGGUAGAGGCAGCAGAUCUAGAACAGGUGAAAGCCAAAGUGAUGGUGGAGGUGGAUGUGUUGGACGUGAACGAUGAGAGGCCCGAGUUCAAGCCGUCAGAACCUGUGAAGGUGAAGGAGAACACCACCAUCAGCGGGGCCGUCGGGAGCUUUACAGCGCAGGACAAAGAUGGGAACCACUCACUGGUCUACGAGCUGGAAUCCAUCAAAUGCAGAUGCAACGGCUCUAUGACUGACUGCAGCUGGUUUAUCCUCGAUCCAACAGGCGAAGUCAGAGUCAACCCGGAGACCACAAUGGAUUAUGAACAGUGUGACCUGGCGGUGAUUGAAGCUCAGGUGGUGGACGAGUACACAGAGAAAGGAGAGAACAACAGUGUCACAACAGGAGAAAUGGUUAUCGAAAUUGAAGACAUCAACGACAAUGCUCCAGAAUUCAUUUUGUCAAAUUCGGUUUUUGUUGUGGUGUCAGAAAGUGCAAGUAAAGGGACAUCUGUAGCAGAAGUCAGUGCUACAGAUCGGGACUCUCUAAUAAAUAGGCAGGUUGAAUUUGAAGUUACAAGAGUCCAAUUUGAAGACAACAACAAUAAGACAACUGAUAUGAGGAUGCUGUUCGAGGCCGUCACUACACAGCAAAAGGACAUUUACGUUGGGAUUAUUCAAACCACCGAGGGGCUUGAUACAUCACUGAAAGGGAGGUAUUUGGUCAGCGUGAGUGCAACUGACAGCGGAAAACUGUCCACCAGCACCGUACUGGAGAUCUUUGCAGUUGAUGAAUCCUAUAGAGUGAAUCUUAAAUUUACACAAUCCCAAGCCAGGGUUGAAGAAAACCUCAAUGAAAUCAUCAGGGCGCUUAUUUCUGCCACCAAGGCUACGGUUGAAAUCGCUGGAAUCGGGCCUGAUUUUCCGGAAUCCUCCAGGGCUUCAGGUAACACGAUCGUAGUGGCAUAUUUUGUCUACUCCAACGGGACUGCUCUUACCUCUACUGAAGUGGAGACAAUGAUCUCGGAUCCUGACCACGCUUAUAUACUCAUAGAGCUUGGCCUGGCGGACAUUGGGAAGGCUCCAGUGCUCGAAGCAGAAACCGACCCUCUGAGGUACAUCCUGAUGGGGAUAGUGGCCGGCCUCAUCGUGGUGCUGACUGUCCUCACCACUUCCCUGAUGUGCACUCGCAGAAACUACAGGAGGAAGCUGAAGGCAGCUAAAGCCAUGAACUCUGCCUCCAUGGUGACCUCCAACAACCAGAAAAGCGGCGCUGUGGUGCCCGGGACCAACAAGUACACUAUGGAGGGGGCUAAUCCCGUCCUCAACCUCAACAUCGAUACCACCAUGGUGCUGGACAUGGACGAGGACAGCUCAGAUGUGGACAAAGUCAGCCUCAACUCUUUGGACGACAGCUAUUCCAUGAACGAAGUAUCUAACAUGAAGAGCAUCCAGGAGGAGGAAGAGGAGGAGUGGGAUGAUGGCGGGCCACCGAAGUACAUCGAGCCUCUGGGUGCUGCGCUGGCCCAGCGGGGCCAGAAGAAAGCCUCCGACAAACCUCACGUGGGUUUCAUUAACCCCGCGUUCAGCACGACGGACCUGUGAGGGAAACAAUGACCAGAGGCCUCAGAUGAACAUUGUGUUGCUUCUGUGUAAUCAGGCUGACCAAAUGUCCAGUCAAACACUCUGAUGGUGUUGGAUGAAGUCUUUAUAACUUCAAGAAGCCUUCUGUUGUGACCAGUAGUAAUUUAUUAUUGAUGUUAGAUUCAUGGCACCUAAAGUGAUGAAUAUGCUUUGUUUAAACAUUCAGUUCAAAGGGAUACAAAGGGAGAACCAAGUGGGAGGUUUUCUCUGGGAUUACAAAUCAUACAUUAAUAUCACAUAGACUAUUGAUCUCAUUGAUUUUUGUUUGGUU